UUUUGUUUUAUUCCUUCAACUUUUCUUCAAAUUUUCACCUAUUUUCUUCGUAUCGGAGCACCGUUCCAUUUAGCGACAGUAAGUGGCGUCAAGAAAUGGGUCGCUGCCGUGCUGCGUCGGCCACGGGCCCCGCCGACGAUGACCCUAACCACAGGUUAAAGAGAAAAAGGGCCGCUUCAGAAAAUUCAGAAACUUUAGCUACAGUCCAAGGGAUAGCUAAUAGCAAGGUAUCUCUUUAUCACUGUAAUUAUUGUAACAAAGAUAUUUCGGGGAGGAUUCGCAUCAAGUGUGCUGUCUGUCAAGAUUUUGACCUCUGCAUAGAGUGCUUCUCCAUUGGUGCCGAGGUGACACCACACAAAAGCAAUCAUCCAUAUCGGGUUAUGGAUAAUCUAUGUUUUCCACUUAUAUGUCCAGAUUGGAAUGCAGAUGAAGAGAUCUUACUUCUAGAGGCUAUUGAGAUGUAUGGAUUUGGGAAUUGGAAUGAAGUCGCAGAAUAUGUUGGAACUAAAAGCAAAUCUCGAUGUAUUGACCACUAUAAUGCUGUAUAUAUGAAUUCACCAUGUUUUCCUCUCCCAGAUUUGUCUCAUGUUAUGGGAAAGAGUAGGGAUGAACUAUUUGCCAUGGUUAAAAGACAUGAAGCCAAAAAAGAUUUUUCUCUAACUGCUGAGCUUAUGCUGAAAGAAGAAGCUCCCUUCUCUGAUGUAUUAAGUUUUGAAGAAACAAAGGAGGCAGAAAUUAAUAAUCUAGAAAUCUCCAGAUUAACCUCAGCAUGUGGAAAAUCUUGCUCAAGUACCGUUAAGAAGACUUCCAACUUGAGCCAAAGUAAAGAAGUCAAGGUUGAAGCAUUUUAUUUAGGAGAGUCUCAAGCAGAUCGGAGCAUUGGAGAGAAGAAACCUAAAUUAUCAGGGGAAGACAAGCCUUCUAUCACAGAGUUGAGUGGAUACAGUUUUAAAAGAGAGGAAUUUGAUGUUGAAUACGACAAUGAUGCUGAGCUAGUGUUGGCUGAUAUGGAAUUUAAGAACACUGAUACUGAAGCUGAACAUCAAAUGAAACUACAUGUGCUCCAUAUCUAUUCUAAAAGGUUAGAUGAGCGGAAGCGAAGAAAGCAUUUUGUACUUGAAAGGGAGUUGCUUUAUCUUGAUCCUUUUGAGAAAUCUCUCUUGCCUGAAGAGCUUCAAAUAUGUCAGCAUUACAAGGUCUUCAUGCGGUUUCAUUCAAAAGAACAACAUCAGGAUUUUCUAAAAAAUAUCAUUGAAGAACAUAGACUGGUCAAAAGAAUACAGGAUUUACAGGAAGCUCGAAUUGCGGGCUGUGUAACUGCUGGUGAUGCUUAUCGCUUUAUCGAGCAAAAGAGGACAAAGGAAGCUGAAUCAAGUUCCUGUAAAGAAAGUGGUCAGAUUGGAACCAGUGCUAAGACAUUAGAGAGGCCAAAUAGUCUCAAAGGAGAACUUGACAGUAGCCCACGGGGUCUUCAAAAGGGGACUGCAGCACUAUUUGCUGAUUCCAAGGAUUCAUCUACCGCCAUACAAGCCAUCACAAAGUCGCUAGAAGAGUGGGAUAUUAGUGGAUUUGAAGGGGCUGAAUUUCUAUCUGAAUCGGAAAUAAAGCUUUGUAAUGAGAUCAGAAUACUUCCGUCACACAAUCUCAACAUGCAGCAGACCAUGUCCUUAGAAAUUUCGAAGGGAAGUGUGACCAAGAAAUCUGACGCACAUAAACUCUUUAAGGUAGAGCAAAGCAAGGUUGAUAAAGUCUAUGAUAUGCUUGUGAAAAAAGGAGUUCUGCAAACAUAAUCAGAAGUAAUGCAAUGAAUAUGAAGCUGGCUAUUUUUGUACAUUUUUCUUCCCUUUCUCCUAGACUCGUUAAGAAAUAACUAGACAAUGACCCAUGAAAUGUGCGGAAAAUAAAUGAAUGUAUUCUUUUAGUGGAUAGCACAUCCAAUGUUAA